CUUCCUUUCUUUUUCUUUUCAUUUUUUCUCCCGAGCAGAAUCCGAUCUGCUCAUGCUGGGUUACCAGCAGCAGAACCCAGCAUCUGGGUUCUGCACCAGCAGCAGAACCCAGCUCGGGUUCUUCUGCAGCUCGCAGAACCCGAGCUGCAGAACCCAGCAACCCAGCAGAACCCAGAUCUGGCUCAACGGCAAGGGAGGGCUUCCAUUUCGUGAUUUCUUUGCUUUUCGAUUUCCCGAAAUACCCAUCUCCUCCCGUUUAAAUGCCGAUUCCGACCUAACACCGGCGACCUGCAAGACGAUGAUUGUUCGGACUUACGGUCGCCGCAGCCGCCCAAUUAGCCGAACCUUCUCCGACCCCCUAAACGACUCCGUCCCCCUAAACGACUCCGUCCCCAAUUCCCUUUCCCAAGAGACGAUGCCAUCUCAAGAUUUAUACAACUUCCCUUUCUCCUCUCAAGAAUCCUCUUCUUUGUGGUCAUCUUCCCAAGAUAUCAACGGCACGUACAAGAUUUCAAAUCAUGACGUUUUUGAUUUCGACGAUGCGGAUAUUGGCGCCGUGAAGAGAUCCAAGAAGGUAAAGCACAAGCAUGGCAAGAAGGGGGUUGCUUCUCCCUGGAUUGCGCCCACUUCGACUUUGAUGGAGACGCAGGAAUUCGGGGAGAUGAUGGAACAUGUCGACGAGGUGAAUUUUGCGCUUGAUGGGUUAAAGAAAGGGCAGCCGGUGAGGAUCCGGAGGGCGAGUCUGUUGUCGUUGCUUUCAAUUGCUGGCACUGCCCAGCAAAGAAGACUUUUGAGAGCCCAAGGGAUGGCAAAGAUAAUAAUUGAUGCUAUUUUGGGUCUUAGCUUUGAUGACACACCAAGCAAUCUGGCUGCUGCAGCUCUCUUCUAUGUUUUGACCAGUGAUGGGUCAGAUGAGCAUCUGCUGGAAUCACCUAGCUGCAUUCGAUUUCUGACUAAAAUUUUGAAGCCAAUCAUUACUAAUGCUAAUGAGGAAAAAGGGCAAAAAGUGGGCUAUAAACUUUUGGCAUUAUGUAAGGAUGCUGACAUCUUGCGAGAUACACCUAAACAGUCUGAGGCAAAUUCUGCUGCCAUUCUUUCUAAAGUUGAGGAAAUGCUUAUUGGUUGCAAGGAAAUGAAGUCAAGAAGUGGCAAAGAUAUUAAUUCAGUGAGGCCAGAGUUAAACCCAAAAUGGAUUGCUUUGUUGACUAUGGAAAAAGCUUGCUUAUCAAAGAUUUCUUUUGAAGAUACCACUGGUACGGUAAGGAAAAUGGGUGGUAAAUUCAAAGAAAAACUGAGAGAGCAUGGAGGACUUGAUUCUGUCUUUGAAGUAGCUUUGGAUUGUCACUAUGUUUUAGAGGGCUGUAUAGAACGAAGUUCAUCUUCUGGUUCUUAUGUGAUAGAUAAGAAGGAUAUCCAGAGUCUUGUGCUACUCUUGAAAUGUUUGAAAAUAAUGGAAAAUGCCACAUUCCUUAGUCAAGAUAAUCAGAGUCAUUUGCUUGGAAUGAAGGGAAAGUUUGAUUCUUAUGGAUCUCGACUUUCGUUUACAAAGCUUGUUAUAAGUGUCAUCAAGAUUCUCUCAGAGCUUUACCUUUCCAAGAGUUCUGCAUCCUCCAGCAAGGGAAAGACUUCUAAUAAUUCUAAUGCGUCAGUCCCUGGUCCUGAAUUGGGUCUUAUUGCACACCAUGGAGCUGAGAGCAAUGAAGUUAUAUGCAUCAGUUCUUCAGAAAAAUGCUCUAGCAUGGAUUGGAGUUUCUCAGAAAGGAGUUCCAGUACAUCUCAGAAUGAUCCAGGGCCUCCCAUGUGCCAGUUGGGCCCUGUGGUAUCUAGUUCUCAAACCACCACUACAUUCAUGAAUGAUUCUUGCUCGCUGAAGAUGCGAGUCAACUCUUCCUUUUCCAGCUCUUGUAGUGGGGCAUUAAGAAGUUUGAACAGACCUGUAACAAGAAAUCUUGGUGAAAGCUCUAAGGCUUCAAAAGAGGAUAGGGGUCCAUUUUUUGAGGAUAGUGAAGAUCCUUUUGCUUUCGAUGAAGAUGACUUUGAGCCUUCAAAAUGGGACUUACUGUCUGGAAAGAAAAAGGUAGCACGAGGUAAAAAACGUGUCAUAAGAAACAGAGAACAAGAAGAUGGGUAUUAUCACCACCCGAUGAUGAGCCAAGAAGAAUCAGAUAAUACAGAAAUUUACCAGCCAGCCUCAAUUAAUGAGGAAGAUCUUCAUUCUCAAGAGAUCUCUGGUUCUCAGGGUGCUGAAGAGGAUAAUUCUGCUCUUCUCUCUGACUGUCUCCUAACUGCUGUAAAGGUUCUGAUGAAUUUAACAAAUGACAACCCUAUUGGCUGUCGGCAAAUUGCUUCUUGUGGCGGACUUGAGACCAUGUCUUCAUUGAUUGCCAGCCACUUCCCUUCUUUCUCCAAAUCAUUGUCUCUUGGGAGUGAAAGUGAAGAGGAUUCUUUGUGUAUUGAACUUGAAUAUCAGUAUGAUAGACAUCUUACUGAUCAAGAGCUGGAUUUCCUUGUUGCAAUACUAGGUCUGCUUGUGAACCUAGUUGAGAAGGAUGGGCAGAACAGAUCGCGGCUUGCAGCAGCUAGUGUUUCAUUGCGAAAGUCAGAAGAUGAGAGCCGUAGGGAUGUAAUUCCACUGCUUUGUGCCAUCUUUCUUGCAAAUCGAGGAGCUGGUGACAAGGCUCGGGAAGAUAUGACUUGGAAUGAUGAGGAUGCUGUUCUAGAAGGAGAGAAAGAAGCAGAGAAGAUGAUUGUAGAAGCCUAUGCAGCUCUACUGCUAGCAUUUCUUUCCACUGAAAGUACGAGCAUACGGAAUGCAAUUGCUGCUUGUCUACCGAAUCAAAACCUGGCAAUUCUGGUACCUGUGUUAGAGAGAUUUGUGGUAUGUCUUUAUCCCAAGUAUAUCAAGGAUGAAAUUAGAAGUAGCAUGACAUUCACAGCAUCAGGGUUUAGGGUGACCAUGCUUCUAAGGAGAAGCAAAAAAUCUGCAUUCUUUCUUCUACAUUGUUUUCCUGAGGCUGAGUCACAAGUUAUAACAUUUAUCUUUUCUUCCCUUGCAGGCAUUUCAUCUGUCAUUGGACAUGAUAUCUCCUGAGACUCAUAAAGCUGUGAGUGAAGUGAUCGAGUCAUGCAGAAUACCAUGAGAACCCAUAAAAGAGACCUUCUGUACAGCCUCAAUUUUCUCUUUUAGAUCAGCUGUUUGUCACACAAUACCAAGCUGACAACAUGCCUGCCUGUGUCAUAAGUCUAUUGACAUUUGUUUGUUUUGCCACCCAUAGUUGUUUUCACAUUUUCAUUUCCUUCAUUAUUCUUUCUGUAGCUGACUACAUCUACUUGGUGUAGACUUGAGAUGAUUGCACACGAAAUGAUAGUAUAUAAGCAAAAUGUUUUCCAGCUUCUGUAUGCGUCUAACAGCUGUAUAUGUGGAAUUUUGUCAAAAGGUUAUGUUAAAGAAAGUGGGAGUUAGGAGUUGUUAUCUGUGCCAAGUUCAGCUAGGUGAAGCUUGAGCCCUGAAUGU